UAAUUAAUCUUUGGCCAGAGUCUCGAAAACAACGGAACUGCUAACACAAGGCAGAUUUGUUGAAUUUUCGAUGUUGCUAGUCGUGGACGUUUAAUUAAUGUUCGAUUAGCCGAAUAAUUUACCGUAGAUUCAUACCCGUGUUCACUUGCCAAAUCGUGAUUGAAAAUCGUUCGUAGAGAAAAGCGAGUAUGUCCACGCAGAGGGCAAUGUUUGUGAACAAACAAUUCAACUCUCCUAUCAACUUGUAUUCACCGCAAGCGAUACAGGAAACGCUGGAUAGACAGACCCAAGUAUUAGCUAAUGGGGCAGUUGGGAUCGAUUUCAAUCAGCUGGCCAAGCCGUCGAAUUUACAAAACAGCGCGGUUCUACGAAUGCUUGAGGAGGAAGAAGCGAGGCAACGAGCUGGUCAGCCCAGUCUUAAACGCGUAGCUUGGCCACCACCCCCGGAAGACCAGGACUUUGAUUUUGUAGAACAAGGACCUGUCCAAGCGAAGACCCGUGGAAUCGGUGAGCGCGCCUCGUACCAGAGCAGUCCUUCGUCAGGUUCCUCGCCUCAGCCACCGUCGAUCGCACGUACCUCGGCCCAGAGCGGUGCCCCCUCGUCCCCGUCGCCGGUUAGCCCUGGUGGAACUCUUCGGCAACCAUCGCACUUCCAACACCAACCCGUGCCUAAGGGCUGGGCACCGGUCACACCGCCGGCAACGUCCCCGGUAUCUCAGCCUGCCUAUUGGCCCCACCAGCAGCAGCAGCAGCAGCAACGACAGCCGCCACAGCAGCAGAAUCAACGUCCUCAGCAACAGCCUCAGAAUAGUUACUCGCCGCGACAGACACCGAUCCAAGCACCUACAGCGUUCGAAGCGCCACCCUCCACCAUCACACUUCGCCCGGAGCCUCCAAUUUCACAGGCGCCAGCACCAGUUUACCAAGCACAACCGGCCGCGACAAAGGCUCCAGUAAGCGGCAACAUGAGGGGAGACCUAAAAUGGCCGCCGCCAUCGGUGAAAGCCCAAACAGAGGCCGAGAACAGAGCCAGGAUGGAAUUGGCGAAAGGUCCAGCGGUCAGGCCUCGUCGGGUGCGCAAGGACUACACCGGUUUCUUCGCUCAACACGCUUUGACCAACACGUACCCGGGUUACCGAGCUCCACCAGGAACUCAAUACUUCACUCCUGCCUAUCAACAUUAGCUAAAUUCUAUUUUGACGAUCGUUUACUUUGCUCCUAACCGUCUCCUGAGCUCGAUGUUUCAUUAUUACCUGCACAACCAUAACGCGCUAAUCAAAUUAACCCAAAUACGAGAGCUGCGUAAAUACUUUGUGAAAAUUUGCUCAGGUCUGCUGUCGUUGGAUUUCAAAAUUUAUUUAAACAAUAGUUAGGACAAAUGUUGGUUUUCAAUGGGACUUAGAACUGUACACGGGUCACGUGUUCUGCUCUUUCAGUUCUUUGUUCAAAAUUGGCAUGUAGAGACUUGUAUAUAUCGAGAUUGAUGAAAUAAUUGCUUUUCAGUGCCAUCGUCAGGGCCGUCUUUAGAGUUCGCGGGGCCCGGGGUAAAAUUCGGUACAAUUGGGUACAAGCAGAGAUCUAUUCUGAUAAAAUUGUGAAAUAGAAAUGCGAAAGUCUUUCACGUGGGGCUUGAACAAGUGCCCAGAACCCAUUAGAGACGGCCCUAGCUGUUACCCUAAUAUAAAUCAAAAUUAAUUGAAAUAUGAGUUCUGACAAAAUAAGGUGAUAAAUGGGUUGGUAUAAAAGAACCCAACGAAUAACGAAAAUCGAUGAACGAAUGUCGAAUAAAAAGCGAAAGAAGUUUGAUAAACUAAAAUUGUUAAUAUCGAGAUAGAUUUUAUAAAAAAAAUGAAAA